AUGUCAUUGAAGAUUUGGAGACGAACUACUGCGCAGCAGGCCGCGAGCUGUAUGGCACUGUACGGCAACACUAUUGGAAGGAAACGGGAUCAGCAGCUUAGACGCGGACCUGACCUGUCGGCUGUGGCCAAGUGCAAGCAGUUCAUCGACAUCCUGAUGCGCAAUGACGAGUGGAGCGUGAAUCGCGCCGCGACCUUCAGCAAGUGCACCGCUGCCGAGGUGGCCAGUGCUCCAAAAGUCAAUCAACCCGUUUGCGACAAAGACAUCAUGAAAGCGUGGGUUGAGCAGGCAAGCCUGUCCAGCAUCCGGAGCGCCCAAGGCUCCGAAUGCCUUGAGGCCGUGGCCGACACGGGCACGGACGAGCUCAACCACAGGUAUCAGCACUACUACGACAAGUGGUUUGCCCCGUUUCAGUUCAAGCAAGGCUCAAGCUCGUGGAGAUCGGCGCCGGGAAGUGGAGCAGGGAUCUCUUCGCCGCACAUGUGGUGGCUAAGAUGGGAAGUCUUGCGUCAGCAUCGGCGCACGGAGACUGCAACCAUGGUGGCUUUCAGCGGAAACACUGCCUACAACUGUCUAAACUCCGAAGACAGGACGUUCCGAGUCCGAGACUCCAGAAGCCAAUAG